GUUGGUCGGCAGGGAAGAGCGGCACUUGGUAACUCGGUGGUUGCAAGUAGAGUUGCUUGCAAUAUAGGGAAGAAGUGGAAGAGUGAAUCCGGCACUAAAUCCAGUUCAAGAGCUUCGCAUAGGAAGGAACUUUCGAAGUUGGUGUUUCGGAGGGCAACUUUGUGAUUCCGAGAGUAGGGAUCAUCAAAACUUAGCGCUUCAAUUUCGACUGAAAAGAUGCCUUCUAAUGACAAAAAAACCGUCAAUUUAGAAAAAAGACUGAAAAGAGCUGAACGAAAACUCAAAGAAUUAAAAGCUUUAUAUGACAUCCAGUUGAAGGAACAAGAAGAAGACUUUCUACCUUCUCCUUCUCUAGGAAACAAGGAAAACAUACCCGAUGUUAUAACUCCUGGUCCAUCAUCAUCAAAACCUAGACGUAAUAAAGCCAAAGAAAAUACAGAGGUUUCUUACAGAGAUAUGUAUUAUGCUCUGAAGAAAAUGUUUCCCGACAUGGAUCCUAAAUUUAUUAAAAAGAAAUGCAACAAUCCUCCGUUCGAAAUCAAUGGACUUAGUAAAGAGGAGCAGCUAAGCAUGCUGGCUGAAAUUUUGUUGAAUGAAGGAGAUCACAGUCAGUUAGAGGUCGAUAAGGAUGAGCAAUAUGAAAAAUUAUUGGGCAUAUUUCCUCAAGCCGAUCCCACUUAUUUGAGGGACUUUGUCGAUAAAAAUUAUCAUAUUCCGAACAGUCUGAAGAAUUUUGUGGACAGGAAUUUGGAACAACCGAAUUAUCCCACUGUUGAAGAAUAUCGGAAGAAAAUUAAAGUUACGGAGCAAGUUAAGGAAUACACAACCCAGUUCUCGAUUAAAAAGUUUCUGCAAAUAUUUCCGGAUCCAGUGGCUUAUUUCGAGAAUCCUGAUAGAAGGAUGAAGUACGAUGCUGUGGUUAACGAGUUUUUGAAGGAAAUAUUCUGCAAGCAUAAGGUUCUCACCAUAUCUCAAGUCUACAGAAACCGAAGGUACCAUUUGAGUCUAACAGCGAGCGAUUUAAACGAAAUUCCACCCGAUUUGAAACAUAAACGAAAAUGUUUGAUCAUGCCGACUGAAAAUGUUCCUCUUCUCCAAGAAAUGGCCUAUGUUCGACACAAGAUGAGAAUUGUCGCUUUCCUCGAGGAAAUCAAGAGAAGCGAGGCAAGAGAAUUUGAAGAAUUAAGGGAAAAAGGAAUGCUGCUCGAGUGUCAAUGUUGCUUCAACAAUGAAUGCAUGCCCAUGAAAUGUUAUGUCUGUGAAAAAGGACAUCUUUUCUGUCAUGAGUGCAUUCUCAGAGGAACCGAAUACAAAAUGGCUGAAGGUUUAACCCAUAUAACUUGUUUAUCAAGUUGUGAUAGUAAUUUUAGCCUUUCGGUACUGCAAGAAGUAUUACCUCCAACAACAUUCAGCAUUCUUCUGAAAAAGAGACAGGAAGCGGAAGUCAAGGCAGCAGGAUUAGAAGGACUUGUCUCUUGUCCGUUCUGCCAUUUUUCCUCGAUUCCUCCACCCGAGAGCAAAGUCUUCAAGUGCUUAAAUCCGGAAUGUAUGAAGGAAACUUGUCCUUUCUGCAACGAAUUGAAUCACGUGCCUCUGAAGUGUGACGAAGUUAUGAAACCAGAUCAGGCUCGGCGUCUUUUAGAGGAGAAAAUGACUGAAGCUUUAAUCAGAACUUGUUACAAUUGUAAAAAGGAGUUUUUCAAGGAGGAAGGUUGCAAUAAAAUGACUUGUGUUUGUGGUGCUUCCAUGUGUUAUAUUUGUUCAAUGCCUCUUGAACAAGGAGAAGUGUCAAAACACUUCAACGGACAGGGAUCAGCAUAUACAAAUUUGUGUCCACUUUGGAGCGACAAUAGGAGGUUCAAUGCGGAAGCCGUAAGAAAAGUCGCAGAAAUCACUGAGAAAGAAAUUAAAAUGAGGAACCCGAAUUUGCAGUUAAACGCGAAUACACUUUUGCCCGCUUUGCCACCAAAAACUAGAGGUCCACAUAAUGACAUUCCAAGUCCUCAACAUUAUCAAUCUCCAAUUUGAGGUUAGUUCAAAGAACAAGUUCUCUGCAUAAGCUGAUAAAAUAACGCACUACCAACAGACAUACUUUACUGCUCCAAUCCAUGCCGAGAAAACAACGAAACCAUACUCGGAUAUUGUGGACCACCAAAAGAAGUCAAAUAGUCUGUUUACGGCGCGGCGGAGAGGAGUUUGCAAU